UUUUUGGGGAACAGAACUAAUAAGCAAAUGAAACACUUAUAUACAAAUCUGUCCUUUGGAAUCUUUGUCUUUCAAAGAGUGUAAGCAAUGGCAGACAAACCUAGCCGAUCGCUGGUUCUAUACGGUGACGGUUUAUCUCGUUUCAUCGAUCAAUCUUCACACAAUCACCAUCUCCACUCUCUCGCUUCUCUUUCUUCAUGCGGUUUAUUGUCUCUCCCCCAUUCUCCUCACCCAGAAACCGAAGAUCAAAGAAUUGUCACAGAAUUCGCACUGCUUCUCGAUGCAUCAUCACAAAUUGAUGAUCCACCAAAACAAACUUUGCCUGAUAGGUUUAUGGGAAUGAAAGCUGCUAUAUUCACCAAACAUUCAGGGUUGAAAUCUUUUGGUGCCAACCUUGGGUUAAGUGUUAUUCAGUUAGAUGAGUUGCUGAAACAGCAUAGUUCUGAGUCACAAGAUGGUGAUGAUGUGGCUGCUGAGGUUCUCAAGUUGCUUGGCUUUCAAGAAGGGAAGGUUCAAGACAAUAGCCAAUUUGAUAUUGUGUUUCUUCACGUUGGAGCUGGUGAAAAGGUCGAUGGAAGUGAAGGAAAUGCUGAUGUGGAGUGGGUGGAUGCAUUUGUUGGUGCAAUAUUGAGGCAAGCGCAGCCGGGAUCUGAUGUUGGUUCUCGGUUGCACUUGUCUGUUGUUAUGAGUUAUGGCAAGGUUUUAGAGGACGAUGAAUCAAAGUUUUCAGUGUUAAAGAAGGUUGAUGAGAAGGACUCUUGUUUCUCAAUGCUGUAUCCUCUACAAAGUUAUGCUAUGAAAGGAGGAGUUCCUCGCAAGGAUGUGAGGCCGCAUUCGCCCAUGUUAAUUGCUCAAUUGCAGCAUGCUGUGACUCGCAAGGAUAAUGCACAGAGGUUUUCCUAUCAAGACUUCGUUGAGAAUGGUGGAAAUCUAACAAUACCGGCAGAUAGGUUCUUGCAUGAAUUAGCCUUUAAGAUGUGGAAAGCACCAAAAUAUGGAGCUUGAUUCUCAUCCCCUCUUCUACUCCAUGUAAACCUCUUGCCAUAGCAGCAGAGGUAUUUGAAUGUGUCCAACAUGGUCCACCGAUGUUCUGUAACAUGUUAAUUUCAUAAUCUAAACUCUGUUAUCUCAUGUAAUAACGAAGAUUUUGAUGAUUGGAUAGUACAUCUAUCUCCUCCUGCUUUAUGUUAGCCAAAAAAAUAACAGUAACCAUAACUUGACUCUCUUUUCAAGAGCAUGUUA